GUCUGUCUGUCAGAAGCCUAUGUAUCAGUAAAAAAAAAAUGAGAGUAUCAAAAAAGUUCAUUGUUUGGUUUCUGAUAAGUUUAUUCUUCUUAGGUCUCUUUGCAUUAGUUCUAUGGCUAGAUCUGCGCCGCCAAUCUCCUUCCUUCACCAUUGCUGACAUUUCUGUACCAAUAUCAAACAAAAACUUACAACACCCUAAAAUAUAUUUAUCCCUCGAAACCAAAAACCCGAACAAUGUUUACAGCAUCACAGAUGACUACACUGUUGUGACAGUUAGUUAUGCUAAACAUAUUCUGGGAAAAACUGAUAUAGUAAUCGGUCAUCAACUUAAAAACAAAGAAACUCCGGUAUCGUUUCAGGUGGAAGCUGAUGUUAAUCAGUGGAGAGGUCUAGUAAAGGCGAUAUCAAACUCGUCAGGAAAAUCAAUAGUAAUGUUGAAGGUUGAGAUUAAGACGGGGAUUAGAUAUCAUAAUCUGGGUCAUACCAGUAAGCAACAUGAGCUCAAGUUUGAAGGGGAGAUCAAAAUUGGUUCAGAUGGGAAGAUUUUAGGGAAGAAGAAGAAGAAGGUUAAGCUCUGCAAAGGCUCAUGCAAAAAGGUUGAAGCAUCCUACCAAGAAGAAAGUACAGAAAGAUACUCUGUAUUAACCUGAUAACCUCAUGCUGUCAUAAAGUCAUGCAUGUUAAUAAGUACCAAGUAUUAUUUUAGCAGAUAAGUUAGCUUACAUCAAUAUUUUUUCGUAGCAGAGAAAUCGCUGUAUUGACAUAUUGAACUAUCCUUGUGUUAUUACAGAGUAACAGUUAAUCUCACAAACAGGUAUCGACUACAGUUUACAGUCA